CGCAACUUUCACCGAUCGGAAAAGUUGUAUUUCGAUAUUAUACUGGUACAUCCGAGAAUGGAUAUACGGAAUUCAUCACAUUCGACCUAGGAGCGAAAUAUGACUUGAAAGUCAAAAGUCAAGACGAACGAAUUUGAGGCAGAAUAUAUAUACAAUGUCGACGUCGAUAGAUUCUUUACAAUCGCGCAGUGAUGUGGUUUUUUGGGUCACUACUAUUACCUUUAUCCUUGCGAGUAUAUUUGUGGUGGCAAGGUUGGUGAGUCGAUUUGGAAUUUUGGAAUCGAGAAGUUGGGAUGAUUGGUUUAUCAUAUUGUCGUGGGUGAGAUAAGACUUUUUUUCUAUUGAGUCAAAGGACAUACAUACUGAGUGAAUGAUUUGCUAACAUUCGUGGUUUCAAAGUUUUUUGCAUUUGGUUUAACCUUUGCAAUUGAUUAUGCAACAACUAAAGGCCUGGGAAGACUUGAUGGUGAUAUCAAGGACGAAUGGCGCCCUGGCUUGAAGAAAGCAGAAUAUGCAUUCACGUUACUUUAUGUAAGUGGUGAAUCUUAAAGAUUGACAAGGCGCGCAAUCUCUAACGUUUAUUACAGAACCCAUGUUUGAUGGCGACAAAAACUUCAAUUCUCAUCUUCUACCUUCGCUUGAGUAAAGAUACCCAAAAACUAUUGAGAUGGGCUUCAGGAAUCACGCUUGCCGUCGCCUGUGUAGAUGGUAUAGUUCUUACUUUUGUCAAUGCAUUUCAGUGUAAACCUGUUGCUGCUGCGUGGAGGACAGACGGAGAUGGGAAAUGUCUUUCGAUCAUCACCAUCUAUCUUGCAUCAGCUCCUGUGAAUAUCAUUACAGACUUAGCCAUAUUGGUUCUACCAAUCCCUGUUCUCACUGGAAUGUUCCUCCCGCAGAGACAAAAAGCCAUUCUGGUAUUUACAUUCUCCUUGGGAAUUUUCGUUGCAAUUGUCGAUGUUAUCAGGAUAUAUUAUUUACAACAAGCCUCGAACAACUUUUUAACAUCGGUUUUGCUUCACUCGAAGCUGGGCGCGGGAGCGGAUUUUCCCUACAACGCUUCACUGUCAUUUAUGUGGUCCGCUGUCGAAGUUAACAUUGGAAUUGUGUGUGCUUGUAUUCCUACUCUGAAGCCACUCGUCAAACGAAUAUUACCAGCGAUGAUUUUGGACCGAGCAUCCGGGAGGAGAGGCUCACGCACCCAUACAACGGAGAAAUUCGAGUCGGCGAGUCCUCAAAGUGGCGGCGAUGUUCAAUUAGAUACUGUAAAUAACAUGGCAUCACCAACAACCACUCCGUUGGGCCUGGUAUCCGAUGCUUCCCCAUCGCCAUUAUCAGAUACUCAUCCUGGGGGACAUCGAGAAGACAUGGAAGAGGAAGAACUCAGCAUGGCAGAAUUCUUAACAGCUCCUGCAGGUUUCGGCUUGCAAACUUUGCGACGAAAUUCGACAGCACGUACAACCAAUACCACUUACUUUGGAUUUGUCAAUAUGAGAGUUCCAAAGUCAAUGAUGAAGACGCGUGGAAAGGAAGCUUUCAAAUAUUGCACCAUGGUGACCAUUCUUUUCUUCCUUUGGGGUUUCUCAUACGGGCUACUCAAUAGAUUAAAUAACGAAAUUGCAAUCCUAGCCAACUACUCAGAGAGCGAAACCAUAGGAUUAUCUGCUGCAUAUUUUGGAGGAUACGUAAUUGGAGCCCUAACAGUGGGGCAAUGGGUCUUGAGACAUAGUGGGUUUAAAGCUACAUUUAUUUCGGGACUUUGUAUUUACGGGACUGGAACAUUGAUGUUCUGGCCCUCGGCAGUUUUGACAUCAUUUACUGGAUUCAUCCUGUCCAGCGUAGUUGUUGGACUUGGUUUAUCCAUUUUAGAAACUGCCGCAAAUCCAUUCCUGGCUUUAUGUGGUCCGACUCAAUAUGCUGAAUUCAGAUUAAUGCUUGCGCAGAGCAUACAAGCUGUCGCAUCACUGGUUAGUCAAGUUCUAGCGGAGAAAGCCCUUUUUAGAGGAGUUCGAAUUGAGAAUGAAAAGCAUUUAACUUUGAUUGAUGUUCAAUGGACCUAUCUCGCCAUUGCUCUCUUCACCGUCAUUCUCGCUCUCUUUUUUUAUUAUAUGCCUCUCCCCGAGGCCUGCGAUGAGGACCUUCAAGCACAAUCGGAUCUUCUCGAAAUAUAUCCAACAAGAAAGUUACCCUGGACCGGCACAUCGAUCAUUUAUACGACCCUGGUCUUUGGCGUUGUAUCGCAACUCUGCUACGUUGCUGCACAAGAAUGCGUAUCGGAAUUCUUCAAGCCAUUAUUAGUUUCCUAUGUUCCUAGUUCUAAGAGUUUCAAAUCAGUCUUCACAUUACAUGACGAUGAGGAUUAUCUCCUAUUAGGCCAUGGACUUUUUGCCAUUGGUCGUUUCGCCUUUGCACCACUUUGUUUGAUGUUUCCACCACGGCUUCUCUUACUCAUGUGUUUCUCAUUUCUUACCUUGUUCUCGGCUUUCAUCUUCGCUAUCAACGAUAUAUCACCAUCUUUCCUUGCUGCAUCUUCUCUUUUAGUUUUCUUUUUCGAAGGACCAAUUUUUCCACUCGUCUUUUCAUUGACCAUUCGCGGUAUGGGAAAGGAUACAAAGUGGGCGUCAGCAUGGGUUGUGGCGUCGGCGACUGGUGGCAGUGUAUUUGUAUUUGUUACUUUUGGUGUGCAGAAAAUUCACACUGUACAAUAUUCUUUCGUAAUUAUUUUUGUGUUAUUUUUGGUAGGGUUAUUAUACCCUGUGUACUUGAAUUUUGGGGGUAAGGGUGUAAGACAUCAGGUUGAUCCGAAAGCUAUGAGAGUGGGUCGAGGGUUCUGGAACGGCAGUGGAGGAAAUGAAGAAGAUGGGCCGGAAAUGAGGAAUGGUUCAGCUGAGAGAUCGGAUACAGCUCUUCGAAGAUUAAGUCGUAGGGUGUCUAUUCUAGUUCGAAAGAUUAGCCCUACUGGAAGGAAGUGCAGUAGUGAAUUGCCAAUUGUAGAGCAUAGGGAGACGAGAGAUAGAGAGGAUAAUAGCGGAUAAAUGAAUUGGGAAAGGGUAGGGCGGGACGGGUUUGAUUUUUCACACUUGAGAUUUAGCGGGAGUUCCAGGCAUCGGAUAGGAUAAAGUCUUGGUUAGACAGACAGGUCACUCGGUAAUGAGAUAUAAAGGAUGGGAAAAUUUGGACACGGAAGGACAAGAAUACCCGGAAUAUGGUCGAGAUCGACUAGAAGGACUCAUGAGUUUUCAUUACAGACUAAAGCUUUUAGGCUGAGGCUGAUUUUUGUCUUGACUUUUCUUUUUAUCAUGUCCAGCUCCUGACUGGCUAGAAUUUGCUAUCUGUAUGUAUAUACUAGGUAGUUUACUUUGUUUGUAAGCUUAUAAUUGAAGACGGCGGUCAUUUGACUUGUUACUUAU